ACCUCCCCAACGGACCAACGGACCCCACCAUGCCGAAGGAAUAAAUCUCGCUUCUUAAUUAACGGAGCCGUGACACACCGUCACGGUACCGACGGCAACCUGUCACGGUCCACUCAUACCGUUAUUCUUUUAUUUAGGGCUUUCCCUUAUGGAUGUCUCUUGCGGCUAACGUCGUCUACCUCCCGUUCCGUCUCCCUGCUUCGAAAACCCUAACCCUGAUUUUCUUCCGCCGUCCCCGUCCGUCUUCUCUGUCUCUCUCUCUCAUGGCCUCCUGCGAGGACGACUUCUCUCUUCUCGGAGAAGACAACCCGACACCCCACCAUCAUCAGUCCUUUGCUUCUCAUCGCUUCGCCGCCAAGUCGACGGCCAUCCACUCUCAUGCACAAGCUCCAUCUUCGCAACCUCACCCCCUCAACACCCUCGCUGCCGCUAGCGGUGCCGGAAGCCCUAAGAAGGUCGGAGGUGCUACGGCCGGAGACGAGGAGGAUGAGGCCGAGGACUAUAGCGACGCUGCUUUUUGCUCUCAGGCGAACUCCAAGUGCGCUCCGCCUCCGCCUUUCCACGACGUGAACCCUAAUUGCUUCGCAGCUGGGGAUGAUGCCAACCCUUUCGCUGCCGAAGAUGAGUCCGACCCCAACAAAGCUAGAGCUAAUGAUGUUCGGAAUGAAAAAAGGAAGGACCGUGAAGAACUCAGCGAUGGCGGAACGCCUUACAGUUUCAAGAAACAGAAGUCCGGAGGAGGUUCGGGUUCCGGCACCGGCACGUCUGGAGGGGGAGAUUACCGGAAGGAUAGGGAGGAGUGGAGCGAUUCCGCGAUUGAUUGCCUUCUCGAUGCGUACACGGAGAAGUUUGUUCAGCUUAAUCGAGGGAAUCUUCGGGGUAGGGAUUGGGAGGAGGUGUCAUCGAUUGUGAGUGACCGAUGUGAUAAGACGAAGUCAUUUAAGAGUGUGGAACAAUGCAAGAAUAAGGUGGAUAAUUUGAAGAAGAGGUAUAAGGUGGAACGGCAUCGGAUGAGUAGUGGUGGAUCGUCGGUCAGCCACUGGCCUUGGUUUAAGAAGAUGGAGCAAAUUGUUGGUAAUUCAUCCAAGGUUUUAACGGAUGAAGAUAGAUCUGCUGGUGCCUCUACAAGUAUGCUUAGGCAGUCCAAGAGAUAUGUUUCAACACCUAGCCCUGUUGGUUUGGCAAAUAAUUUGAAGUCGAAAUCAUUGUCUAGUCCUAGAUGGCGGAGAGUGGUUUUCAAAGUUAGUGGUGCUGCAUUAGCUGGGAAUAGUCCUCAGAAUACUGACCCAAAGGUGAUCAUGUUGAUUGCUAGGGAAGUUUCCAUGGCUUGUCGCCUUGGUGUAGAGGUUGCGAUAGUUGUUGGAGGUCGUAAUUUCUUUUGUGGAGACACAUGGGUAACUGCAACUGGUCUUGAUAGAUCUACAGCAUACCAGAUUGGAAUGAUGGCAACUGUUAUGAACUCUAUAUUACUCCAGUCAGCUUUAGAGAAGCUGGGUGUUCAAACACGUAUACAAACUGCGUUUCCAGUGCAAGAGGUUGCUGAGCCAUAUAACAGGAAACGGGCUGUUCGGCAUCUUGAAAAAGGAAGAGUUGUAAUAUUUGGUGGCAUUGGUGCUGGUACAGGAAAUCCACUUUUCACAACAGAUACGGCAGCAGCUUUGAGGGCUUCAGAAGUAAAUGCUGAAGCAGUCCUCAAGGGUACCAAUGUUGAUGUUGUUUAUGAUUGUCAUUCGAGAAACAAUAACAAUGUGGCAUUUGAGCAUAUUUCUUUCAGGGAGUUGGCUUCCAGAGGUAUUACCUCCAUGGACAUGAUGGCAAUCACUUUUUGUGAAGAGAAUGGAAUUCCCGUUGUGGUCUUUAAUCUACACGAGCCUGGUAAUAUUUCCAGAGCAUUAUGUGGAGACCAAGUUGGUACCCUAAUUGAUCAGACUGGGCGGAUUAGCUGAUGUAAAUGUUUUAUGUAUUCUCUGAUUCUCUGUUGCAUGGUAUUGAACCCAAGAAGCAGAGGGAUAUUAUUCAAAGGAUAUUUUCUCAAAACAAGGUACUGAUCGGCUGAACCAGUGUCCAAUUUCCAUGGGUUGGAAUUUGGAUAUCAGCAAGCUAGUCCUUGCAGUCUGGAGCUGCUGGUGAUGGUGUGUACUAGGGAAAAUUAGGAGGUUUAGAUUUCACCGAUUGCAGAGUGGAGACACCUGCAUUAUUUAUUACAUCUUGUGAAAGCAGCAAGCAGGGAACAAGCCAGGUAGUUUGUUGGUUACCAGAGUAAGAGGUUCCGUUGUCCCUGCAUCAUUUUUCCCUUUGUACUUUGUCUGUAAAUUGUUACAACUGCUGUUCUCAUAAAGUUAAUUGGGUUGGGUGGGUGGAACAACAACCAGUUUACUUAAAGAACCAUUAAUUUAGGGUUUCACUUUCACGAAUUGUAUCGUUGAAUGCAAGAGAUAUUUUUAGUGGAGUUGUGAUGGAUAUUGCAACUGUUCUUUUACUUUCUC